AGUUUUGACGGGGCCAUGUCUGUCGAAAUCUUGAAAUGGCUGUGGAACCACAAGAACUACAUCAUUACUUUCCUCACUCCACUCGUAUUUCUUCCCCUGCCAAUUGCCUUCCCCGGCUCCUUGGUGGCGCGCGGCGGUUAUGCUAUCAUCAUCAUGGCCCUGUACUGGUGCACAGAGUGCCUCCCUCUGGCUGUGACUGCGCUGUUGCCAGUUGUCCUGUUUCCUAUGAUGGGCAUCAUGGAAGGUGGAGCGGUUAGUGUUGAGUAUUUGAAAGACUCCAACAUGCUUUUCAUUGGUGGCCUGUUGGUGGCCAUUGCAGUGGAGCACUGGAACCUGCAUAAACGCAUCGCUUUGAGAGUUUUGCUGCUCGUUGGUGUUCGUCCGUCUCUGUUAAUGAUAGGCUUCAUGAUGGUCUCGUCCUUCUUGUCCAUGUGGAUCAGUAACACGGCUACUACAGCCAUGAUGCUACCCAUCGCCCAUGCUGUGCUGCAGCAGCUCAAAGCCACUGAAGCCCAGGCAGAUGAACGAGAGGUCCAGGUUGCGACUGUGAACAGUCGCACAUUUGCCCUGGAAAUCAUGCAACUCAAGCAAGAAGUUAUCGAUGAGAAACUCACAGAAAUUAUGACUCAGAAAAAUCAGACGGAGACCAUCACGACAGAAGAGAAACCCACGGAAAUCCCGACACAGAAUAACCAGAUGGCAACCACAGUGUAUGAGCAUGAAUGGAGUCCAGAGUCACGCCAGGAGGCACGGAGACGAGCGACAGAGCAUAAAUACAAGCUUCUGACCAAAGGAAUGAGCCUGAGUGUGUGUUACUCUGCCAGCAUCGGAGGCACGGCCACGCUCACCGGCACAACCCCGAACCUCAUCCUUCAAGGUCAAAUCAACAAGGUCUUUCCUGAUAAUGGCGGUGUGAUCAACUUUGCCAGCUGGUUUGGUUUUGCUUUUCCCAACAUGGUGCUGACGCUGGUCAUCGCCUGGGUUUGGCUUCAGUUUAUGUUCUUGGGCUUCAACCUGAAAAAGACAUUUGGCUGUGGUGAAAAAAACGACAGAGAUAAGGAGGCGUAUGCAGUGAUGAAGGAGGAAUACCGUAAACUGGGCCCUGUGUCAUUUGCUGAAGGGGCCGUGCUGACCAUCUUCACCCUGCUGGUGAUCCUGUGGUUCACCAGGGAUCCGGGUUUUAUCGACGGCUGGGCAACACUCCUCUUCAAUGACAAAGGAAAGUUUGUGACAGAUGGGACUGUUGCUAUCUUAAUGUCAAUGCUGUUCUUCGUAAUCCCCUGCAAGCUGCCCAGGUGGGGAGGCUACGGUUACACUGCUGAAGGUAAGAAGGUGACGUCCCCACCUACUCUGCUGACCUGGGAGGUGGUCCAUGAGAAAAUGCCCUGGAGCAUCAUCCUGCUGUUGGGAGGAGGAUUUGCUCUAGCUGCUGGCAGUGAGGAGUCGGGUCUGUCAGAUUGGCUGGGGCAGAGUUUGGCCCCUCUGAAGAACAUCCCUCCGUUUGCCAUCUCCAUACUGCUCAGCCUGCUGGUGGCCACAUUCACAGAGUGCUCCAGUAACACAGCCACCACCACCCUCUUUCUGCCCAUACUGGCCUCAAUGGCAUCAGCCAUAAAGAUACACCCGCUCUACGUGAUGCUGCCCUGCACCAUUGCUGCUUCUCUGGCCUUCAUGCUGCCUGUGGCCACGCCCCCCAACGCCAUCGCUUUUUCUUUUGGACACCUCAGAGUCUUCGACAUGGUGAAAGCUGGCUUUGUGCUGAACAUAGUUGGGAUCCUGUGUGUUAAUUUAGCUGUCAACACCUGGGGAUAUGUCAUGUUUGACAUGAAGAACUUCCCUCUGUGGGCCAAUGAUACACACACUAACCCUUAAGUUACGCCCGAAAGAAAGAGGAAAAACAAUGAA